AUGAAACGCUGGAUGUUUGGCCUGCUCCUCUGCAAACUGGUGCCUCCCUGCCAAGGAAUAUCGGUUUUAAUCUCCUCCUGGUGCUUAUGCUUUAUCGCCAUUGAUCGGUAUCGAAGUAUUGUGACGCCAAUGAAGGAGCGUUUUGGAACUGAAGCACUCGCAGAAAUCGCCACACAGAGCCUUAUUAUCUACACCUCUUCCCAUUGGAUGAGGCGGCGAGUUACCGCAAAUCAUUUAUAUAAACGACGAUGCACUUUGCAGUUCUGCGGUGAAUUCAACUGGUCGCAAGAGGACCACACCAAAUUGGUUUAUGGUAUUUCGCUGUUGGUUGUUCAGUUCGUUAUUCCUGCUAUCAUCAUGUCGUUCUGCUACUGGAAAAUCCUCCAAAAGGUGGGUCUGAUGCUCCUUAUUCUCUAG